AUCUUCUCUCACGCCGCCGCCGCCCUUUCCAGGGUUCCACCGAGGGUGUUCCAUAAGGGUGUUCCAUCUACGAUGGAGCACCGCGCGGCGGCGCCAGAUGUGAUCGUCCAGGUGAACUCCGCAGCCGUGGCGGCCGUGGACGAGAGAAUCUCGACGUGUCAGAUCACCGAGGAGGAAGGCGGCAUCGUCGGCCACGAGCAGGUCCCCGUCGGCUGCCUCGCCCGCCGGACCUUCAGCCAGUCGUACAGAACGAGGCCCCGCAACCCUCUGGAGUUCACCGGGUGGCAGCUGGCGCUGCUGGCGUACCAGUCGCUGGGCGUGGUGUACGGCGACAUCGGGACGUCGCCGCUCUAUACCUUCUCGUCCUUCGCGCUUCCGGACCCCGGCACCGCCGACAUCCUCGGCAUCCUCAGCCUCAUCCUCUGGACACUCACGCUCGUCAGCCUCGUCAAGUACGUCUUCAUCGUGCUCCACGCAGAUGACCAUGGAGAAGGUGGCACCUUUGCCCUGUACUCGCUCCUGCGGCAGCACGUCAACUUCAGCGGCAAGUCGGUGCCGGUGCCGGUCACCCGGCUGGCGUCGGAUGCCAACCUCAGGUUCCACAGCAGGAAGAGCAGCCAGCAACCGAGGAUGCUCGAGUUCCUGGAAGGCAGCGCCAUGGCGCAGGCGGUCAUCACCUACCUUGUGCUGGUUGGAACAUGCAUGGUGAUGGGUGACGGUGCCCUCACUCCAUCCAUCUCAGUCCUGUCAGCAGUUCAAGGGAUCCAGUCAAGAUCUUCUAGCAUCAAACAAGGCCACGUUGUCCUUCUGUGCGUGGUUAUCUUGGUCAUCCUUUUCCUGUUUCAACAGUACGGCACGAGCAAAGUUGGCUUCACCUUUUCUCCCAUCAUGCUCGUCUGGUUUGCGUUGAUCGCGUCCACUGGACUGUACAACAUCAUCAAGCAUUAUCCCCCGGUUCUGAAAGCCAUAUCGCCGCAUUACAUAUACCUUUUCUUCGCUAGGAACAAAAGGGCAGGAUGGGAGCAGUUUGGAACAGUUGUUUUGUGCAUAACAGGUGCCGAAGCUAUGUUUGCUGACUUAGGUCAUUUCAACAAGAAAUCAAUCCAGAUGGCAUACUCGUGCCUGGUCUACCCAUCACUGAUACUCGCAUACGCUGGCCAGGCAGCAUUUCUGAUCAAGAACCCAUCUAAGCUCAGCACAACGUUCUACAGCAGCGUCCCAGAGCCACUGUUUUGGCCGGUGUUCGUCGUAGCCACUUUGGCUGCCAUCGUUGCGAGCCAGGCACUGAUAUCUGCCAGCUUCUCCAUCGUCAGGCAGUCGGUUGCUCUAGGUUGUUUUCCUAGAGUUACCAUGAAGCAUACCUCAAAGAAGUACGAGGGUCGAGUGUACUCUCCAGAGAUCAACUACUUCUUGAUGGUUGCCUGCAUAUUGAUCACUGUUGGCUUCAAGGGUGGACCAGAGAUUGGGCAAGCCUAUGGUGUUGCAGUGAUAUGGGUUAUGCUUAUCACAACACACCUGAUCACAGUGGUCAUGGUGAUAAUAUGGCAGCUCCAUUCUGCGAUAGCUUGGUCAUUUUAUGUCAUCUUCGCUGCCAUCGAAGGUCUUAUGACGAUCUCACUGCUGUAUAAGAUUGCACAGGGUGGCUGGGUUCCAUUUGCAAUAACUGCAUUCUUCCUUAUAAUCACACUCUCUUGGACCUACGGGCGAAGCAAGAAGCAGGAAUACGAGGUGAGCAACCUGAUGGAUAGGCAGGAGUUCAUCAAGACAGUGAACACGAGCAACAGAGUACCUGGAAUAUGCAUCUUCUGCACGGACUUGAUGAACGGCAUCCCGCCGAUUGUGCGCCACUACGUCGAGCACAUGGGCUGCCUCCGCGAGCUGAUGGUGUUCGUCACUGUGAGGCAUCUGCCUGUGACGUCUGUGCUGCCUGAGGAGCGCUUCCUCUUCGACAGGCUGGAGCCUUUUGGUGUCUACAGGUGCAUAGUCCAGUAUGGUUACAUGGACACCCAGAACAUGGAGGACGAUGAGUACGUCGUGUCGAUCGUUGCGUCCCUCAAGGAAAUAGCUCAAAGCGGUGCUGAGAUCCUGAUGAUGGAUUCCGCUCUAGCGAACGGGACGACCUUUGUGCUUGGAAGGGUCAUCCUAAACAUGAGUCCCCAGCGGAACAACUGCUUCAAGCGCUUUGUUAUCAACAACCUGUACAGGUUCCUGCAGAAGAACUUCAGGUCCAACAUUUCCAGUCUGAAGAUAGCUCCUAGCAAAACCUUGCAGGUUGGAAUGCAAUAUGAGAUUUGAGUAGAGGAGCCUUGCAAGAUAUGAUGGACGUGAGAUUCUAGAACAUGCAGACGUGGGUAGUUUAGAAUUAGAUGUUUUUUGUUUUGUUUUUGAAACUAGCGAUCUGUUUGUAAUUAGGUCAGCCUCGCCAUACAAAGCUACCAUGGUCAUAACUUUGGAACUAUUUAUUUGAGUGUGGUCUUUGUUGCA